AUGGAAGUUCCGCGACAGCUGCUCGAAAGCCUCGACGACCCGUUACGCAGCAUCGAAGACUUUGACUUCCCUACUGUCAACUACACCAAAGUCCCUUUCAAGCCCUACUCCACCUUCCAGGAGCGCGUAAACCUGCACUUCGGCAUCAUGGGACGCUGCAACGACACAACGACACCGCGAGGCCAGAAGCGAAAGUGCCAAGACGCAGGCUCAUCAGCUUCCAAGGUACCGAAAACUGCCUCCACUGUGAACGCCGGGGAGAAGUAG